UUUGGGUUUUCUCCCCCACCAGCCUCCUGUUAAUGAGCCCCAUUAGCAAAGAUGGCGGCCAAGCAGCAUUGAACUCAUUUCUUUCCCCGGGCGGCACGUUAUUCGCAGUCCAUUACCGACUUCCCCGCUACUCCAGCCAACUCUUCACGGGCGAGAAAUGUAGUUAACGCGCGAUAAAGUACUUAUUGUGGGGAGUAGAGCCACCGCAAGCCGACAGUUAAGCGUCCAAGCGCCGGUCGUGCCUGGGCGCCGUGCUAAGCUAGCUAUCGUCAUUGUAAAAUGGCCCCGGUGCAGAUUGGCGCGGACGGGCAGUUGGUGCCACUCGGCGGCCCGGUCGUGUCGGGCCCCCAGCCGCCGCAGCCCGGACCCCUGCCCACACACGGGAUCCGACUGAGUCUACUGAUCGACUUUCUUCUGCAGAGGACCUACCAUGAAAUCACUCUCCUGGCAGAGCUGCUUCCAAGGAAAACGGACAUGGAGAGGAAAAUCGAGAUUGUCCAGUUUGCGAGUCGCACCAGACAGCUCUUUGUGCGUCUCCUGGCCCUGGUGAAGUGGGCCAGCAAUGCGGGCAAGGUGGAGAAAUGCGCAAUGAUCUCCAGCUUCCUGGAUCAGCAAAUCAUCUUGUUUGUGGACACGGCCGACAGGCUUGCGUCGCUCGCCCGAGACGCCCUGGUACACGCGCGGCUGCCCAGCUUUGCUAUCCCCUUUGCCAUCGACGUCCUCACAACGGGCUCCUAUCCACGCUUGCCCACCUGCAUACGAGAUAAAAUCAUUCCGCCAGACCCCAUUACUAAAACGGAGAAGCAGACCACCCUCAACCAGCUCAAUCAGAUCCUCCGACACCGCCUGGUCACCACAGACCUGCCUCCCCAGCUAGCCAACCUCACAGUGGCUAAUGGUCGCGUGAAGUUUCGGGUGGAAGGGGAGUUUGAGGCCACGUUGACAGUGAUGGGCGAUGACCCGGAUAUUCCCUGGCGGCUGUUGAAGUUGGAGAUCCUAGUGGAGGACAAGGAAACUGGCGAUGGCCGAUCCCUGGUGCACAGCCUGCAGGUGAAUUACAUCCACGAGCUGGUGCAAGCACGCCUGUGUGCGGAUGAGAAGCCCCUACAGGACUUGUACAACUGCUUGCACUCCUUCUGUCUCUCGCUGCAGCUGGAGGUGCUCCACUCGCAGACCCUGAUGCUCAUCAGAGAGCGUUGGGGAGACCUGGUGCAGGAGGAGAAAUACAUGCCCGCAAAGUACCUCAUCCUCACUGUCUGGAAUCAACAGGUCCUAGGCAGAAAAACGGGUACAGCCUCUGUGCAUAAAGUCACCAUCAAGAUCGAUGAAUCAGAUGGAUCGAAGCCGCUGCAGAUCUCCCAUGAGCCCCCUCUCCCUGCGUGCGACUCCAAAUUAAUGGAGAGAGCAAUGAAGAUCGACCACCUGUCUGUGGAAAAGCUUUUGAUUGACAGCGUUCACGCCCGUUCCAACCAGAAGUUACAGGAAUUAAAGGCCAUUCUGAAGGGAAACAAUCCCAGCGACAGCUCAUUCAUCGAAACCGCUCUACCCACACUCGUCAUUCCCAUACUGGAGCCGUGCGGUCGCUCCGAGUGCCUACAUAUAUUCGUCGACCUCCAUUCGGGCAUGCUGCAGCCCAUGCUGUACGGAUUAGAUCAGUCGAUGCUGGACGACAUCGAGAAGACGGUCAACGACGACAUGAAGCGCAUCGUGUCGUGGCUUCAACAACUCAAAUUCUGGUUGGGCGAGCAGCGCUGCCGACAGUCGGUGAAGCACCUUCCCACCGUGUGCACUGACAUCCUCCACCUGUCCAACACGGCCACACACCCCGUGGGCAACUUGUCCAAACACAAACUCUUCAUCAAGCUCACGCGACUCCCGCAGUAUUACAUUGUGGUGGAAAUGCUCGACGAGCCAAGCAACCCGGCGGCGUUGCAGUACAAGUACUCCUUCCUGAUUGUUACACAGCUGGAAGGCGACGACGGGCCCAUGUGUGCGCAGCUCUUGCAGCAUUUCAAGCCCAACCUGGAACACCUCGUUCAGGACACCACGUCGACGCGAGGACACCGGACUGUGUCCAAGAGAAAAAUGACUGGGGAGCAGACCGAAUUGGAGCCAAAGAAGCCUAAACGCUCAGGGGAGAUGAGUGCCUUCAACAAGGAGCUGGCGCACCUGGUGGCCAUGUGUGACACCAAUAUGCCUUUUGUUGGCCUCAGAACCGAGCUGUCCAACAUGGAGAUUCCAAACCAGGGUGCUCAAGUGGAAGGAGACAGCAGCAGUCACGCCAUCCGCCUGCUGACGAUCCCUCCUUGCAAAGGUGUAGGAGUGGAGACCAGGAAAGCUUUAGCGCGUUCCCUCUUGGACUGCACUUUCCGCCUGCAGGGCAGGAACAACCGCACAUGGGUGGUAGAGCUGGUGCUGGCCAACUGCCCCCUCAACAGCACCCAUAGCAAGGAACAAGCCUCUACACGGCACGUGUACCUGACCUACGAGAACCCCCUGUCAGAGCCGGUGGGCGGGCGCAAAGUGGUGGAGAUGUUCCUCAACGACUGGAGCGCCAUCAGUCAGCUGUACCAGUGUGUGCUCCAGUUCUCUCGGGCGCUACCAGAGCUGCCGUCCUACCUCGGCCUCUUCUCAGAGGUACGCCUGUACAACUUCCGCAAGCUGGUGCUGUGCUACGGCACCACCAAGGGCAGCUCAGUCACCAUCCAGUGGAACUCCAACAGCCACAGGUUCCACCUGGCCCUCGGCACCGUGGGGCCCAACUCGGGCUGCUCCAACUGCCACAACAUCAUCCUCCACCAGCUGCAGGAGAUGUUCAACAAGAACCCCAAUGUCAUUCAACUGCUGCAGGUGCUUUACGACACACAGGCUCCUCUCAACGCCAUCAACAAGUUACCAACCGUGCCCAUGCUGGGCCUGACCCAGCGCACCAACACUGCCUACCAGUGCUUCUCCAUCCUGCCCCAGUCGCCCACGCACAUCCGCCUGGCCUUCCGCAACAUGUACUGCAUCGACAUCUACUGCCACAGUCAAGGUGUGGUGGCUAUCAGGGACGGAGCGUACAGUCUCUUCGACAACACCAAGAUCGUGGAGGGCUUCUACCCGGCUCCUGGACUCAAGACCUUCCUGAACAUGUUUGUGGACAGCAACCAGGACGCCCGCAGGCGCUCGGUCAACGAAGACGACAACCCGCCGUCGCCGGUGGGCGUGGACGUGAUGGACACGCUCAUCAACCAGCUGCAGGCCCAGCCGCAGAGCUUGAGACCCGCCGGCGGAGGCGUCUACCCGCCCCUCACCUCGCCGCCGCCGAAUUACCACGCCAAUAUCACGCCCUCGCCGUCCAUGAUGCCCACGCAAUCGCCAGGGAACAUCCAUGCCUCUGGCUCCCCUAGCGGAGCGCUGAGGGCACCCUCUCCUUUCGGCCCUACCCCGUCUCCAUCUUCUCUGGGCAUAGCCAUGGGUCAGACCAGCUUUGCCAGCCCCCACGGUGCUCUGGACCCCAGCUCUCCCUAUGCCAUGGUGUCUCCCAGCCACAGGGGCCCGUGGCCGGGCUCUCCCCAGGUCUCAGGUCCUUCUCCUGGGGCGAGGAUCCACGGCAUGUCCCCUGGUAACCCUUCGUUGCACUCGCCAAUUCCUGACCCUCACUCUCCUCGUGCUGGACCGAUCAUGCCCACCAGUAUGCCUCCACCCCGCAAGCUACCUCAGCGCCCCUGGGCUGCCUCCAUCCCCACUAUCCUCACCCACAAUGCCCUGCACGUGCUCCUGCUGCCCUCGCCCACCCCCUGUCUGGUGCCAGGCCUGGCGGGAAGCUACCUCUGCUCGCCGCUGGAGCGCUUCUUGGGUUCGGUCAUCAUGAGGCGGCACCUGCAGAGGAUCAUUCAGCAGGAAGCCAACCUUUCCAUCGUGAACUCCAACGAGCCCGGGGUUAUCAUGUUCAAAACGGACGUGCUCAAGUGUCGCGUGGCUCUCAACCCAAAGAACUACCAGACUCUGCAGCUCAAAGUCACGCCGGAGAACGCGGGCCCGUGGUCACAGGACGAGCUUCAGGUGCUGGAGAAGUUCUUUGAGACGCGGGUUGCAGGCCCUCCCUUUAAAUACAACACAUUGAAUGCCUUCACAAAGCUGCUGGGAGCACCCACGCACAUCCUCAGAGACUGUGUGCGCAUCAUGAAGCUGGAACUGUUCCCAGACCAGGCUGCGCAGCUGAAGUGGAACGUCCAGUUCUGCCUCACCAUCCCUCCCAGCGCUCCCCCCAUCGCCCCCCCCGGAACCAUCGCCGUGGUGCUCAAGUCCAAGAUGCUGUUCUUCCUGCAGCUGACCCAGCGCGUCCCGGUGCCUCAGGAGCCCGUGAGCAUCAUCGUGCCCAUCGUGUACGACAUGGCGUCGGGCUUCACCCAGCAGGCCGACAUCCCCAGGCAGCCCAGCUCCUCUGGGGCGGCGGCGCUCAUGGUGUCCAACAUCCUGAAGAGGUUCAACGAGCUGCACCCCACCAGACCGGGUGACUGCACCAUAUUCGCGUCGGUCCACGAGCUGAUGGCCAACCUCACCCUGCCGCCCGGCACACGCCAGUAGAAGACCCACGGACCAAUGGAGACCCUUACUGGACCACGGAGCACGACGGAGGUCUGGACGUUUUUAGAUGGCCGACGUCACGUUAGUUUCAAUCCUAGUGAAUGACAUCAUCAUGUGUUGGUUCUUACAGGCUGAAGAUGAGUAGAGGAGGUAUAUUUUGCAUAUCCAGGAUAUUUUGUAAACAGGAAUAUUAUCUAUUGAAAUUAUGUUUGUUUACAAGAAUAUGUACAUUGUUGUAUAUUUGACUUUCUUUCAAGAUAGACUCCUUUUUUCUUCUUUUGGCCUGCACCUCUCACGGUGUAUCAUGAGAAAUGAUCCCUACCUUGUCUUCGGGACUUUUGGCGAGAGCUCUCCCUCGCAUUUGUACUUUCACUACGGACUACUGUGACAGACUUUAUAAAGCCGGCUGUAUUUUACGGGGGGGGAUUUGAUACAUCCUGUCUCAACAUUUUGCUAUUUAAUAAAGAAAGCAAGCAGGAGGAAGUUCUUCCACCAGCAAAGCCUGAUCUAUUUCAGCAAAAUAAAAAACAUACCCUACUCCAUACUUGCCAACCGUCCCGGAUUUCCCGGGAGACGCUCGAAAUUCAGCGCCUCUCCCGAAAUUCAGGCGGAGCUGGAAGCCACGCCCCCUCCAGCUCCAUGCGGACCUGAGUGACGUCAGGUGCGCAACACCACGUAAAUCGUUGGCCAACCAAAAAGUAACCCCAGUACGCUAUAGCCAACAUUCACCAGGAGAUGGCAACAGACAAACAUAGAUCACUCUAUUACAUUAUUCCCCUUUUAGAAAUGUAUAGAAGUUACUCAAAAUAAAUAAACAACCCAACCAAA